AUGAUGUCGUCACCAACCGAGACUUGUGCUGCAUGUGCGAAACCUUUACCCAAAAGAGAAUAUCUACGUUGUUGUAAUUGUAAAGAGGUUUAUGAUAUUGAAUGUUUAAAUAUAAGCAGUAAACGCUUCUAUUCUUUUUAUUCGUUUAAUAAAGAGCGUAAAGAUAACUGGAAAUGCAUUUCAUGUGUGAGCAAACUUCCGCGUACGAAUAAUUUGAAUACACCAGUGCGUGCUGCUGACUCUGAAAUUUCUAGUCCUCCUGCAUUGGUUGUCUCACCAGAGAAAUCGUAUGUGGCAGUCCGCCACAAAAAUACUCAGGACAAGAAUAUUCAUGUAGAACAGAGCAGCGUAAUGGAGAAUAUUAUGUCAGAAUCGCUCGAAGGUACUGCUAUGGACUUCAAACUGCUUCUUAGUGAAAUGAAGGCCAUCCGUGCUGAAAUGCGCUUGUUCCAUAAUUCUAUAGCAGAUCUCAUGACUUCCAUUAAGAUGCAAAGCAACCGCAUUGAUUCCAUCGAAACCAGGAUAUCAGCCUUAGAAGACAAAUCAAAAGGCUUACAACGCUGUGAAGUUUCGACUUUGGAGGAGACGGUGUCACAGUUGAAGUCUCAAAUAUUGGAACGUGAUCAAGACUUACUAUCUAAUGAUAUCCAGAUAGCGGGUUUUCCUGAAACGAGUGGUGAAAAUACCGCACAUAUUAUCUUGGCUAUUGCCAAAAAAUUAUGCGUGGACAUGGAUGAGCGCGAUGUGGUGUCAUCAGGACGUACAGGUUUCAUACGCGAUAAUGGCGAGAGCCCUACAGCUCCGCGGCCACGCCUUUUAGUUGUGCGAUUGGCGCGUCGUGCUCAGCAUGAUGCGCUAAUACAGGCGGCCCGCGUACGGCGCAAUAUCACCACUGAAGGUCUGGGACUGACGGGAAUAGCUUGCAGAAUUUAUGUUAACGAACGUCUUACUAAGCUCAAUAGCCGGUUAUUUUAUAAAGCCCGUGUGGCAGCCAAAAGCAAUGGUUGGAAGUAUGUAUGGUCACGUGACGGAAAGAUUUAUGUAAGGAAGGAAUAUGGGAGUGAGCGACAUCGUCUUCGGUUGGAAGAGGAUUUAGCUAAGGUUUUUGGUGUUGAAGCUGUUGGCUCUAAAACUAUGUCACUCGGCGAAUAA